AUGACGGCAAAAGAGUGCAAAGAAGAUGAUCCUGAUUUGGAUCAAACGAUAAGACAUUUCACCAACGGUCACGGCUAUCAAUUCGUAGUCUACGGACUAAAAAACGACGACAAUUCCGAUGAAGAGAACAGCAAUGAAGAAAACAAGAACGAUAGAAGGAAUGAAAGUAAAAAAUAUAGCAAUGAUGACAAACAUGACGGCAACGAAAGUAAGAAUGAGGAGGAAAAAGGUAAAAAAGAUAGCAUUGGAGACCAAAAAGACAGUAAAGAAAGCCCAAAAGAUAAUUUAGAUAACAAAAAUGAUGAAAAUGUGGACGAUAAAGGAAAAAAAGAGUUACGCGAAGACAAGAAAGAUGGUCCAGAAAUCGAGAUUCACGAUAGUGAAGACAAGAAAGAGAGCAAUGGAAUCAUGAAACAUGGUAAUGAAGACAUUAACGAGUCAAAAAAAACACGCCGUAAAAGGGCCAUUAGGAGUCCACCUCCGCCCCCGGUCCUGCCUCCCAUGGACGUGAACAUGUUUCCCAGCUUCAUCAGAAACAUGAUAUCAAACAUACCGGUCUUGAGGAAUAUGUUGGCUGAAACUGACACAGAAAGACCAGCUCAGGACGGAAGUAGGCCAAGAACCUAUGGUUUUCACCUUAACCAAGAUAAAGCCACAGUUUUUAACCAUUUAUACGACACGCCAAACUAUACUGGGAACAAAUUUAAUAAGAAUGGUGAAAGAAUAGAAAAAUCUAAAGCAGCCUAUGAACCAGACGAUUCUGAUAGCGAUACUGAUGAUGAUGAUUCUGGUGAUGAAGAUAAUGCAGGAACUGACGAUGAUGGAGACAAAGCUGAUGAUGGAGAUUACGGCGAUAAAGUUAAUUAUAUUACACCGUAUAAUGGGCUUAACUACAAGAAAACAGUAACAGAGGAGCCUAAGUUAAAGACGGGAAAUAAUAAGGACUGCAAGCAGAACAAACCGACUGGUGAAAAAAUUGUGUGUUUAAAACCGAAAACAGAGAAAAUUCGUGAAACAACAGAGAAUAUAAAUGUCCCAAUUUCUAAACCAAGAAAUAAUGACAAAGAUAACGUUAAAGAUAAAAUAGCAAUGUCCAUUAACAAGGCGAGGGAAGUGAUACCACCGAGGGUAAAAAAUGUUGGGCGAAAUCCCGCUCAACUUUCUUUCGAUGGAACGCCAAAGACCUUUGGACUGAAAUUAAUUGGAGACCACGGGUAUGUGUGGAAUGAUUUAUCUGAUCCCGGUAGUUACUACGAAGUUGGAGAACCGAACGAAGAUGAGGAUAAAGAAGACAAACAUAAACCUGAAAUCGUCAAACCAAAGCCGGAACCGAAACGACCAAAUAUCGUAAAAGAAUGCAAACCGAAUGAAAAUGACGUAAAAACUAAUGUGGUGACCACAGAAAACAAUGCAGUAACUGAGGACCCUAAAAAGGUAGGAGAGCCGAUUUAAACUAACUUAAUGUUAUUAUAUUGUUUCAUAUGGCGUUAGUACUGGCUUAUUUUCAGCCGAAUGUUGGACACAGGUUUUAGAAUUAUAUAGGAAACGAAAACUGUUACAUAUUUUGAAACUUAGAUAAUUUAUACAAAACUCUCUCUUCAUAAAUUUCCUCAGAUUAGGCUUUCAAUUUCAAUCAA